AUGCCUUUCAGGUUGGUUGGCCUUGUGGGCAUUUUUCGGUGUGGGACUCUGCUCUUCCUUCCCUGGGAUGACUACUCGGCUGUCGACCAUGAAGCGGCCCAAACGGUGAAUGACCAUCUGCCAGAGCAGCCUUUGAACCAAAAUGUGAAGCAUCCUGUAGGGGGUGGAACCCCCACCCAUGCUGAAGAGCUACGGCUUCUGCCACGGCCUCGCUGGGCACCAAUCGGUGGCGCUCCGUUGACCUUUGACACCACACCUGAUCUGGAGGCUUUCUUGGCCCAACUGGGACAGCUGCUGCACAAGGAACUAUGCCAUAGACACUACAACACCCUGGGCAACCUCUUGCGCUUCUACAGGGACUACCGUUACAGUAGGAGCAGCAGCCUGGCGACCUUCCUCCGUGACUACCCAGCUGAGGUCUUUGAGGAGGGCCUCUCGUGUGUUGGCUUGAGUCUGCAUCUGUGCCGCACCCUGGAGCAGCAGUUUCCCCAUGCACGGCCCUUCUUGGUCUCGUGCGAAGAGUGGAUCCCUGACGUGGCGUCCUACUGCAGCCACGACCCCCCAGAUGAUGCGUCCAGUGUGAAAGAGCACGUGCUGGUUGCCCUUCGGGUGCUGGCAGGCACCCGCCGGGGUCUGGUGUUGCUGGACCCGGGAUACCACGUGGGCUUCCCUGUCGUCGUCAUGGACGAUGGCUGCGCUCCACACAGUGGCCACUUCGUCCAGUCACACACGUCCAAGUCCACCAAGGAGUACUGCUAUGAGGCUGUGGGCGAAGGAUACGUGCUCUGGCGGGUGACUGAGACUCGCAUGGGGUGCAGCAAGACAUGGGACAAUGUCCUGUAUGUUGGCGGUGCCUUCCAGAGUGCACUCAGCUACUCGGAGAAGCGAAAUCUGCUCUACGACUUCAGGACUCUAGUGGCACGACGCAACGGUCGCGGCCCUACAGCAGGAGUUUACUGUAAACUGGAUGAGCUGAACCGCAAUCCUGUCUUCACACUCUUCUAUAACAAGGAUGGCCAGAGGACUGAGACGAAGCUGCCAUUUGGAUCGUUUGGCUCUGCCACACCACCAGUCACAGAGUGUGCCCAACAGAUAGGAAUGGCCCCCGACAAGCUGCUCGCUCUCCUCACUGGCAUGGCUGACCUGUACGAGGAUGUAGACUUUGUCAACCAACUGCUGGACCUCAACCGCAGAGUGGACCCUUUUGAAGAGCUGAAAUAAGUCACUGGCACAGCGCAUAAUUAAAGAGAAUUGGGCUCAUAUUACGAGUGUUGCACAAACGAAUAAAUUCUGAUCACGAAAAA